CGAACAUGUAAAUCGGUUGAACCAGCGAUUUUACAAUCAAAAUUACCGUAACGCCACUGACAACAAGGACGUCGAAUUGUAUGGAAAAAAUAUCGAGAAGAAAUUUGGACGUUUCCGGAGCGAUUUGGGGCGCAUUAAAUUUGUUCAGGAACACCUGAAUGAUCACAUGGCUGCAAUGUUUCCGAACUGCGACGGUUCAGCGAAGGUAAUGGCGCCCAGUCAAACUCCACCCAUUGAUGAUGAUAACGUUGAUGAUCGUCCAGCAAAACGGCCACGUCUGUCAACUGAUACCGCUGAAAAUCCAAAUGAUGGUUCGACAAAGGCUGUCGCAAUAAUUAAGCACAUGCAACUUAUCGAGCGUGAAAUAACAGAACUUGAAAAUGCCAACCACUUAAAGGCCCAGCAAAUGUUGGAUGAAUUGAAUCGUUCAAAAGGAGCACUUGCUGUUGCCCAUGAAGUUAAUCGGAAAUUGUCUUCGGAGCGGGACGAAGCAAAGCAAGCGGUGGUUAAAGCCAAUGAAGUAGCAGCAAAAAGUGCAGAAUUGAUCAAGACAAUGAAGUAGAAAAAUGAGAAAUUGGAGGAAAACAUUGAGGUUUAUAGACAAAAGAUGGAUAGGGCAAUAGCAGAUAAGGAAACAGCCGAAGAAAAUUUAAAAAAGGUAACGCAGACACACAACGAUGAAAAGGAGGCUUUAAGGGCACAGCUCAUUAACGAUGGCUGGAAUAAAUGAUCGAAACUGCAAACAAAGUUGCAAAAGGAGCACAGCAAAGAAUUGGAUCAACUUCGCGAACAAUACGAAAAACAGUUGGAAUGCGAAAAGAAUCGUGUUUCAAUCGA